AUGUGUACGUCCGAUGGUAUCACGGCGUCUAUAUACUUCGACCGGCCGUUCAGUGGUAUAAUAUAUUCAGUAGGAUAUGCCAAUGUUCACCCAUGUGUCUACUUUAACGGACUGUCAACUACAUCAGUACUGUUUUCUAUACCUACAAGAGGGUGUGGUACAAAGGUAUCUAGAAAUAAUCAUCAAGUAAGUUCUUUAUAUUGUAGAAUGUUACCUAACAUUAAGUAAUUUACUACAAUGUAAAACAUGAUUGGUUGUUUAUGCCACAUUACUUUAUAUUAUAGCUAACAGUAAAGACUAUAAAGUCACUAUUUCUGACUUAUAGGUGCUGGAAACAGUAGAAAACCGUGUAUACGUUCAGAUGGACAAGAUUACCCAGACCUUUGGUGACAAACAGUACGCUUUCGUAUGUCAACAAGCCUACGUAUCUUCGAUCAAGAUGGGUAGUGACAUCCGACGUCACCCCGUCAAGAGUCAAGCCUUCUACCACCAACCGAUAUCACCCAUCCAAGGCUACAGACCUCCAGAAUCCUCUCCGUACGGUCUCCAAAUGCAUCAAGCCAUUACUCCAAAGCUAAAAGCCGACUGGAGAUUCGAUGAUUUUACCACAGAUCAGCCACCUUGGCUGAAUCAACCUGAUGUAAAGACAGCCAAGGCUGCGGAAGCUUCAGAAGACGCUGAUCUUCUGAAUCUCAACAAACUGGACGGAUUUGACAGCCUUGAAGAGAUUGUGACAAGCACCGUACAUCCAUUUACUUUGCCAAAGAUGGACUUUGGCCUCACAGAUCAUUAUAAUCAUGUCACUACCAAGCUUCCAGCAUUUCAUGAUCAUAUCACUACUCCGUUACCUACAUUACACAACCAUGUAAAUAAGUAAGAUUUGUCAUUCAUUGCUAUCUUAACUACUAGCUAUGAUACUAUUAUUAAAAGUAAAAUGUAUGAACAUUAGCAAAAACAUCUAACUAUUCGGUCUUUCAGGCUAACCCAAGGCGCUCGACUAGAAGCCAAACAGACGGUAGAAAAGUUGGAGCAGAUAAGCGACCAUGUCAUAAUGGAGAUUCUAACUGGGAACGGUCCUGAGAAUCCUCAUGUAGAAAAGUCAGUAGAAAUGGGUAAUAUCAUCACUUUGGUAACCAGAGGAAGAAAGUUGCAAUGUAAGGAAUACAAUACUACUGAGAGUAUAUUUAUAAACAUUAACAACGACAUCACGUUAUAAUGUUAAAAUAUUAUCCAUUAUUUGACAGAAACUACCUUUUCAGCUAGCCAGAAAUACAACAUGUUCGUGCACAGUUGUUACGCCACGGAUCAGAACAAGAACUUCAAAGUGGACCUCAUCGAUAGUAGAGGGUAAUUAUUACCAUUUGUGACUAUGGGUAUUGUUUUUAAAUCGUAGCUUCAUUAAUUUUAUAAUUCUUUAUGUUCAGAUGCUCCAACCAUACGUCAGUAAUAGAUAAUAUGAAGAAGACCGUCACGGAAAGCGAAUCUGUCAUCUUUUACUUUCCUUUGAAGGCGUUCAAGUUUCCCAAUGACAACGACGUCUUCUUCUACUGUUCAGUAGACAUAUCUGACAGUUUGCCCUUCCCAGAACCUUGUGUAAGUACGAAGAGAAGAGCACGAUCUUCAGUCAUUCUUCCUGAAUCCGAGAAACCGUGGAUCGAGUUACAUCUUCAUAAGAACGUUGAAGUUGGAACCGGAAAAACCGAAAUAGAAACUAUUGAAGGUAAGCAGCGACUGGUUCAAAUAACAGUCUUCUUACUCUAUAACCAAUUAACAUACAUUGUUACUCCUAACUACUCUCUUACAGGCGAAUUCUCAACGGAUUCAAUUAGCUACAUUGCUCUCAUAGCCUGUGUAGUAGUGCUAUCCCUAUUUACUAUACUAGGAGCGGUUAUAAUUGUACAAAACUACUAUUACACUCGGAAAAGUACGACGUGA